UUUGAAAUUACGAGCAGAAAAUCGUCAAAAAACACAUCUUUCAUCCAAUAUCAUAAAUGGAUUUCCGACGUUCAACCGGAAGUUUUUUGCGCGCGUGAGACCUUUACACUCUCAGACUUAUUGUGGGGCGACUGUGAUUCAUAAACAUUGGGUUGUCAGUUCUGCAUUGUGUAUGAAAAACGCAACAGAAGUCGACUUCUUCGUAGAGGUUGGCGACUUCUCCAGUCUUACCCACAGAGUUCACGCAUUCGGUAUCAAAACUCUCUACAUAUCGCAAAGAGAUCAAAGCCGGACGACUGACAGUUGGAUUGCACUUAUGAGAACAAUGUAUCCCAUUGUCGACCCUGAUGAAAAAAUUCUGCCCAUCUGCAAGGAGCCAGCUCUGCAAGGGGACCUAAUUGGAACCAGUGGUUUGGGCCAGUUCUCCAAGACUCAUCCUUUUUAUCCGCGAUCUCUGCUUGAGGCUUACUUCACAGUCAGUUACUUGAAGAGUGCCUUCAUUCCAUUCCUAGAUGAUCCACCUCUUUUUUGCAAUGCUAAAGAUAUAUGCACGGAAAAGCUACACCCAGAUACACACACGUGUUUACAAGACGCGGGUUCUCCUGUCUACCAAUUCGACUGUGAAGUUACAGACGGAGUAAUGUACAAAGUGCCCAAGUGUCUGUAUGGGAUGGUUAAGUCCAUACCCUACGAUGAUCUGGACAGGACUGGCGAGCAUCGAGGGUGCAAGGGCCCAGAGGUGUUUGUGAACAUAACGUUCUGGAGGCCAGAUAUUUUGAAUGUGAUUGAAAACUACGAAAGAAACAUUAGGACGGAAGCUUGAUCUUUAAAAUGACAGAGAAACAAUUUUCAAAUUAGACUCCGUAACUAAGAAAAAGCUAAUGGAUAGAUUAUAGAAGUUGAGCUCAAAAUGAUGAUUUUAAGUUUGUUUCUUUGAUAAAUUUCUGCUCUUACAUGCUGCGAGGUGCUCAUUUCAUGUUUCGGCAUUCUAAUUCGAGCACUUGUCAUUGCUAGACCGACAAAGAAAGUUCGUUACAGAA